AUGUCCUACGAGACCAUUCCUGGAACCGACAUCUACGGACCGGGUACAUUCAUCGACAAGAACCCUCUCCCUGUGCCACAAGAUGCACGACGAGUAUUCGAGAUUCUAGCCUCACGGACCCCUUUUUUCACACAGAAUCAGUCCCUAUGGAACACUGUCACCUUCGAAGGGGGAUCCGAGCCGAUGAUCCCAGGACCGAUCAAAUCGCCAGUCGUGGCAGCGGCAUUGCAUGCGAUGUGUGGAGUGGUCGCCAACGAGCUAGUAGAACUGCGCGAUGGGAUACCAGCACAGGAGCGGCGCGUGGUAGCUAACACUGACCAUGCAGGGUUCUGGCUGGGGUCAGUGUUCACAACUUAUAUCAAUGGCAAGGAUAUAUCUGCACUUGUACGCGCAGGCGAACUAAACUCCCUCUUUAAACGAGACUUCGAGCAGGGGUUCGGAAAAGGGAUUGCAGGGCGAUCGACGGCGAUAUACCAGACUAAGCAUCCCAAGGUGUGGUAUCAAUUGCAUGGGUCGUUGGACGCGAAGAAGAUGUUUGAGUCAAUGGGGAUUGAUGCCUCCGUUCAGUUGGAUUCCCCCGGGGCGUAUUAUGAUUAUAUCCAAGAGCAUGUACGGCAGUGGAGUGCUGAUGAGCUGGAAAUGCAUAAUGUGCGCCAUGGAAUCUGCGGUAGUAUUUGUUACAGCCCAGAGGAAUGGCGUCAGACGGAGUUUGGGAAGCGAUUAGCAAAACAUCCACUUGUCAAUGUGACGUGUGAGAGCUAUGCGAGCGCAACUCCGUCUAUUCCCCUACCUCACAUCUACGAUAAACGUCCGCUGGCGGGAGUUAAGGUGCUGGAAAUGGUGCGCAUUAUUGCCGGACCUACGAUUGGCACGACGCUGGCUGCGUACGGAGCGGAUGUGAUCAGGGUGAACUGCAGUCGUCUGGUGGAUCUAAAUGCGUUACAACUUGUUCUGAACGCAGGAAAACGCACUAUCGACCUAGAUAUUUCCAAGGAGGCGGAUGUAACGCGAUUGCAGGAGCUUUUAGAAGAUGUGGACAUCUUCAUCCAGGGAUUCCGGUAUGGGUCUCUAGAGAGAAAGGGCCUAGGGCUUACAAGCAUGUUGGAUCGCGCCGCACAACGAGGCAAGGGCAUUGUGUACGUGGAUGAGAACGCCUACGGACCGGACGGGCCUUUUGCCGAGCGCCCCGGAUGGCAACAGAUCGGUGAUGCUGCAUCAGGAAGCUCCUACGUGAUGGGACGGUCCCAGGGGUUCGAGGAGGGCAAGAGUGCGCUUCCUCCGCUGCCUGUUUCCGACAUGACGACAGGUCUGGUAGGCGCGCUGUCAGCUAUGUUGGCGAUCCGUGAGCGUGCAGUACAAGGAGGAUCAUAUCAUGUCGUGAGUUCGUUGGUUGCGGCAGAUACGAUUGCACUAGAGGAGGAGAUUGGAUUGUAUACCCCAGAGGUGGUGUUGCAGACGACUAAGCGGUUUGGAUUCCGGCCCAUCACUCCGGACCAGUUCGUGCCGGAGAUUUUGAUCAAUGUAGUUGAUGGAUGGAAAAGAGUUUUCCCGGAGUACAUGAAGGAAGACUCGUUGUUCAUGAUGACAUUUGACAAGGGACCAUGGGGGCGUCAAUCCUUGUUGAAGCCGGUUGUGAGAUUGGAUGACGAGAUAACACCGAUGUGGACUACUCCUCCGGUGCCGCAUUGCUAUCAUGAUCGAAAUAUUAACUGGUUGUAA